AUGGAAAUGGAUGAAUCACCCUCGGCAGAAAAUUCAGAUCCCACGCCAGCCACAACAAGUGAUGAACAAUGUUCGAGCCUGAGCCAGUCUCGAACAUAUGACUGCAUCUAUUGUAAAAGAGGUUUUUCAAAUGCACAAGCGCUAGGAGGACACAUGAACAUUCAUAGAAAAGAUAAGGCCAGACUCAAGCAAUCAAACCACAUCACAGAACCUCGUCAGCAACAAUUUCUUGAAGAGACAAAAACAACACCUUCUCCAGCUUAUAUUUUGGUUCCUCCUACAUCACCAAACCCUGAAAUAAGGGCUGCAGAUGCUGAUAACUGGGCUUGGAAGACGAGAAGUGAUGAAUGCUUUGUGCAAGAAUCAGGAAGACUUCCUUUGUUUAAUAGAACAACAUUGGAAAUUGAUGAUCAAGAUCAAAAGCGCUUCCAAAAGGUAUUAUGUUCGUCUUUUAGCCAUGGAGCUGAGUUGGACCUUGAGCUAAGAUUAGGACAUGAGUCUACUUCAGAUCCACUGUCACCUGCAAAGGGUACUAAAAAUCCCUUGUGA